UAUCCAUAUAGAGAUAUCAGUGUGUUUGUUGUGAAUAGUAAACUUAAUUUGCUAUUCCCUCACAUGGAUAGAGAUAGAAUUGACCUUAAGGAAUUUGAGAAGAUGUUGCGUGUUAAGUUGCAUCUUGAUGAAACAGAAAUUCCAAAUUUAUAUUGGACCAUAGACCCAUGUCUGCCUGAGUAUUUGGUUACAAAUGAAGACUUGUUUAAGUUUUGGGAGCAUGCUGUACCUGAUGAUAAAGGGUUCAUAUGUUUACAAAUGAGUGUAAUGAAUUCAGAAUUUAGGAAUGACAAUGACUUCAUUAAGGAUGCAAUGGAACAACCAGUAGUAACAAUUGAUGAGACUCCUAAGAAGGCACCUAAGAGGAUUGCUAAGAAGCCAGUUUCAAAGGAAAAGUCAGUAAAGAUAUCACCUACAAGGAGAUCACCAAGGUUGCAUGCUCAAUCAAAGAAUGAAAACUCAAAUGGAGGAGCAUCUAGGAAGUUGUUGUUCAUGGAUCUGUUAAAUGAAGUGGAAUCUCAGGGUUUUUCUUGCCUAAGUCAAGCCACUGUUGUUGGUUCUAGCAGUACACCAGUUGAUAGCUUUAAUCAUGAUUACUGGGUUGAUGAAGUAAACAACACUGCUGCAGGGGAUAACACUGAUGCAGGGGAUAAGACUGAUGCAGGGGAUAAGGCUAAUGCAGGGGAUAAGACUGAUACAGGGGAUAAGACUGAUGCAGGGGAUAAGGCUAAUGCAGGGGAUAAGACUGAUACAGGGGAUAAGACUGAUGCAGGGGACAAUAGUGAUGGUGAUGAUGAGGACAAUGUGGUGCUAGAGAACACUACUGUAGAUGAAUGUCACCCCAUUGAAGACCCAAAUGCUCCACCAAUCUUUGACAGUGAUGAAGAAAAUGAUAUUGAUUAUGAAGAUAUUGUCAAGACAUACAAAGUUGGAGAUGAAAGCAGUGAUUCAAGCAGUAGUGAAGAAGACAAUGAAGAAGUUUCUAAUGAUGACAAGAAUAAUGAUAAGGAUAAUGAUGGUCCUGAAGUAAAUGAUGAUAAAUAUUCCAAACCAAAGCUUGAUUACCAGAAGUGGAAAGAAAUGUUCAAUAUGCACAGUGAUGAAGAAGAAGAACCAUUAUUCCCUGUAGAAGAAGAGGUGACUCCUGUUGAUCCUACUAAGAUGGAGGUAAAGUAUGCUUUUAAUAACAAGAGUGCUUAUAAGAAACAUCUUAGGGGUUACUGUGUAAAACAUAAUUAUCAGUAUACGGUCUAUAAGAGUGACAAAACAAGAUUAAGAGUGAGAUGUAGGUUUAGGGAAGAGUAUGGCUGUAACUGGUUUGUAAAUGCUAGCAUAAAAAGGCAUGAGCCUACUUUUAUUGUUAGGAAGGUUAAUCUAGAACACACUUGUGUUGCGGAUCCAAAGAGUUUUAACAGAUCCCGGAUCCUGAACAGCUACAAGGAUGUACCCAUCUUUUGUGCAAUGGUGGCUCAUACUAAUCCAGGGUCUGUUGCUAAAUACACUUAUGGGAAAAGAGAUAAGACAUUCAUGAGCAUGACUAUUUCAUUUGCUGCACCAAUGAGAGGAUUUCAGAAAGCUUGCAGGGGAGUCAUAGGUUUAGAUGCAUGCCAUCUAACUGGAAAGCGUGGUGGUGUUCUAAUGGCUGCAACAGCAAUUGAUGGAUUUGGCUCCAGCAAUCAAUGCACAUCAUGCUGGCAAAUUACCUUUAUUUCUGAUAGGCAAAAAGGGUUGUUGGAAUCUGUUCCAAAGGUUUUCCCUGGUGCAAGAGUUAGAUAUUGCUUCAGGCACUUGUACAAGAACUUCAAGAAGUACCACAAGGCACCAACCUUGCACAACUUAUUGUGGAAUGCAUGCAAAGCUUACAAAGUGAGGCAUUUUCAGGAGCACUUUGACAACAUAUGCAAAGAAAGUCCGGCUGCUGGUGAAUAUCUUAGGAAAGAAGAUCCAAGUACUUGGUCUAGGGCUUAUUUUGAUCCCAUUAGCUGUUGUGAGCAUAUGAAUAACAAUUUCUCAGAAUCAUUUAAUUCUAUGAGUUCUAAUAUGAGAGAUAAACCAAUAAUCCAACUAGGCAUGAUGUAUGGUCAGUUAGUAAUGGGUUUGUUAUUUAAGAGAAGGGAAGAAUCUGCUAAGUGGAAUCAAAAUGAUUUGGUCCCUGCUGCUGUUAAGUUGAUAAAUAAGAUGCUUGACUUGGUUGGGAAGUUUGAUACAGAAGGAAGUGUGGUUGGACAGGUUUAUUUGGUAACUAAUGUGUCUACCAAGAAAAUUUUCACAGUGAACAUUGUAGACAAACAAUGCACUUGUUUGCAAUGGCAGCUAAGGGGAUUCCCUUGUCAACAUGCUGUAUGUGCAUUGAAACUGCUCAGGCCAAACUGGAAAGAUUAUUGUGCUCCUUACUACUCUGUGGAAUAUUAUAGGACCAUAUAUGCAGAUGCUGUAAAUCCACUAGAAGACAUAAGUGAAUGGAACUGGGAAGAUAAGGCAUCCAUGGACAUCAACUUAAAGCCUCCUCCUUAUCAAAGAAAAACUGGAAGACCAGCAAAGAAGAGGAAGAGGAGCUAUGAUGAACCUGAAACUGUGGUGAAGAAAAGGAAAUGUGGAAAGUGUGGAUCUACUGGGUCAUAA